AUGGAAGAAUUAGAAAAAGAAUUUGAUAAAAUAAAAAUAGAGUGUGAUAUAGAAGAAUCAGACGAAAAAAAAAAUGAACAACAAAGUGCAGAAGAUGAAGAAGAAUAUGACGAAGAAGAUGAUAACGAAGAAAAAAAGAAAAAAGAAAAAAUAUCUCAAAAAAAAUUAAGAUAUUUAAAAAUGAAAGAUAAAAAAGAAGAGAAAAAGAAGAAAAAACAAAAUUCAAAAUUGAAUAAUAAAAAUGAAGAUGAAUCAUCAAACAAAAAGGAUAAUGAUAUAAAUAAUAAAGAACAUGUAAAUAAUGAUAAUAGUAAUAAUAAUAAUAAUAAUGAUUCUUUGAAAGAUGACAAACAUGAUAAGUAUGAACCCGUUAUCGUUGAAUAUUGUAAAGUUUGUGGUAUGCCAUAUGAAUAUUGCGAAUAUGGUAACUCGUUUAAUGAGUGUAAAGAAGAAAAUAAGGAUAAAUAUAAUUAUGAUGCUUUAAAUAGUAAUGUAGAAGUUAAUAAGAAGCAAACAAAGAAGCCUAGUAAAAAUGUAUCUCAAAAAAUAACAAUACAAAAAACAACAAGGGCAAAGAAAAAGGUGGUAACGGUUGUAACGGGAUUACAUCCAUAUAUCAAGCUAGAAAAAAUGGCAAAAAUAUUUUCGAAAUUUUAUGCAUGUGGUUCCUCUGUAAUUAAAGGCGCAAAUAAUAACCCCGACCAAAUAGAUAUUCAGGGUGAUGUAGAACAUAAUAUCGUUGAGGUUAUUAUGAAAAAUUGUCCCGAAUUAACCGAAGAUUCGUUUUCCAUUCUACCAUCAAAAUGA